UUAUUCGAUGGCGGAUAGAAUCAUAAAAAUGCAUGAAUCAAUUUUAAGAAUAGACGAGGAUUGGAUGUGAAAACGGUCGUACUGGACUGUCAUUGUCGUGUCCUAUAAUGUAAACUGCUUCAAACUUUUUUCUCACUAAUAGUUCUGCAACUAUAGCUCUGGAGUUAAAUACAAGAGAAUUGCGUUGAUUCUGUUUAACCUUCUGUAUACCCAGUGUUGUCAGCUGGGACUGUUUCAGGGAUAGGAAACACCCAGCAGUGACUCAGAAUCUGAAGGUUUUAAAAACAGAAGGGACUAGUCUGGUAUCAUGAGAAGAGAGGAACCGGAGCUGCCUGCAACUACAUAUAUUCCAACAGCCAAGAUACUCUACAGAUCUCAGCCAUCUAAGCUGCCACAGUUGUGUAAUAAUGGAAGACUGGGAGAAUUACACCUAUGAUUACUUGGAGUAUGGUGUCUUUGAAGAACCAGAACAAGGAUAUGUCCAGAAAGAACCUUUGCAUAUAAUUUCAGUGGUCAUCUAUAGCAUUUCCUUUGUGCUUGGUGUCAUCGGGAAUGGAAUUGUCAUCUGGGUGACAGCGUUUAAGAGAAGGCGGACAGUGAACAGUGUCUGGCUGCAGAACUUGGCCAUGGCAGACUUUGUGUUCGUGCUCUUUCUCCCUUUCUACAUUGAUUAUGUGCUUCGGGACUUCCACUGGAGCUUCGGCCUGGUGAUGUGCAAGCUGAACUCCUUCGUACUGAUGGUGAACAUGUAUGCCAGUGUGCUCUUUCUGAUGGUGCUCAGUUUGGACCGCUACAUCUCGCUGGUCCAUUUAACCGAGUCUCACAGACUGCGUACGGUGAGGCGAGCUUGGUACAUAUGCGGUGGCGUGUGGGGCGUGGCCGUUGCCCUCAGCGUCCCCUCUCUGAUAUUCAGGGACAUCUUACCUUUGCACAACAAGGUGGUGUGCUUCAACAACUUUUACUCCCAUGACAGACACACUGGAGCCAUGCGACACAUUGCUAUGGUGACAGUCCGAACAGUGGUGGGAUUCCUGCUCCCAUUCAGUGCCAUCACUGUGAGCAGCAUACUGCUAGCGGUCCGAGUCCGCCGCUCCGACUCCGUUCGAAUGCCAAACUUCUCCAGGACAAUUUCAGCGCUCAUUCUGGCCUUCUUGUUAUGCUGGGCACCCUUUCACAUCUUCAGCCUUAUGGAGCUGUCAAUGCACUCCUCACUGCAGCUACACGCUGUGCUAACAACAGGCUUCCCUCUGGCCACCAGCCUGGCCUUUUUCAACAGCUGUGUGAACCCCCUGAUUUACGUGCUGCUGGCCAAGAAGGUCCGUCUUCUGCUGAAACAGUCCUGCCUGGAGAUCGCAAAGAGGUCCAUUCAGGGAAUUAGUCAGUCCAUCUCUGCCACAGAGUCCGUGUCUGCACCAGUCAGCUGUGCCCCAGAGGAGCCCAUCGCACUGACCACUGUAUGACCAAACCUCAUUUCUGCAAAUACUUUCACACCAGUGUUUGUUCACAUACAAUCAGGGGAUUUGAGUCAGAGUUUUUAAAACUGCAGUUUGCCAUGUUUUCAAUUUUGUGUUGAGUAAUUGUUUACGUUUAGAUUAUUAUUCUAUAAUACACGUUUAUCUUUAUAGCUAUAAUUGCAAAUAUGUAUAUUGCAUUAUUUGUAUCUGUAUGUCUUAUGUAUUUAACAUAUAGCAUAUAUUUGUCCAGUUUUUGAACUAAAUUAAAAUUAAUUCUUAUAAAUAAAUUCUUACUGUUGCACUGAAUGUCAAGUCUGAUGCUAAAGAAAUCAUCAUCAAUUUGUAUUCCAACACCAUUAGCAUAGACCUUCCUUGUAGUAAGUAUUAUUUGAAGUAUUUCAAUUAUUAAGUGAUAUCUCAAGUGUUCAAAUCUCAUCUACUGCAUUGCACCUUAACUUCUAAUUCUGUCAGCAUAUUUGUCUGCAGUUGUUUUUUGAUUUUGUUUUGUGAAGAAAAUGAAAAUUUUCACUUGUAACUACAUUGUUUAAUCAAUAUGUAUCCUUUAAUAAAGGGAACAAAUGCUCGACAGAAUAA